AUCUUGCUCCGUGGUUGUCUCCGUCUAACAAAUACAUAACCUAGAAAAUGUACGCUCAGCAGAUCAUCUUUAGCUCCGUUAGUAUAAAAAUUGGAGUGAAUCGACCCAUUUUAUGAUGAAACUUGAUGGUAAGAAUAUUAAUCUGUGUUUGUAUGUGGGUUUUUUACUACCUAUUGAUCAGACGUCCGGACGCUGGUUUACUGGUUGUUAGCGAAAAACUCGAACAAGCGACGUUGUCGACAUGAACACCCAGAACACUCUAAACAACACCUCAAACAACACCCCAAACAACAACUCCGAUGAUGAUCAUGACGAUCCUAACAGGCAAGUAUAUUCAAAUGCAAUUGUUCAACGACGUGUUCAAGGUAGAAGGUAUUUUACUAUCCCCCCAGAACUUCAAUUAAAAUACAACUAUGACCGAAAUUUAACUGCACCAGCACCAAAGUAUUUGAUAGAUGGACUCCAUAAAGCUACUCCACGCACAGUAUAUGAAGAAGGUGUUGUUCAUAUAUUACCAGUUAUUUUUUUAAAGCAAAAUUUGGUGCCUGGACAAAUUUUGCCUAUUAUAGCUCGUUCUACACAUGUUGAACUAAUAUUAAAAUAUGCCAUAUUCCGUAAUCGUUCAUUUGGAGUUUGCUACAAACUUAAUGAAAAUAAGCGUACAUUUGGAACAAUUGCCGAGGUUUAUGAACAUCCUGUAGAAAAAGAAACUUCUCAGUUAUUUCAAAUAAUAGCUAUGGGCCAUCAGCGGUUUGAAAUUUUAGAAGUCAAUAAAUUUCCUGAAAGUCAUGAACAUUUACUUGCUUUGACGAGAAUCAAAAUCAUAUCAGAUAUUACAUUAACUCAUCCGUAUAAUACAUUGUGUUUACAUCCAAAGAAACGUAAUAUGAGUCAUGGUGAAAUGUGCCGUAAAAGAGACAUGUGGCAAACUCAGUGGCCAGAUUGGGUUUAUAAACAGUUUGAUGUUUAUGCAUUGGCAUCUCGUCUUUCCAAAAAAGUUAAAAUGUUGUAUAAAGAUGUAAAAAUCUCAGAUGACCCAUAUUUGUUGUCAUUCCAAGUGACAGGACUUGGUAUAUUCAGUCAAGAACAAGUAAGUGAGUUGCUCGGUAUUGAGUCAACAAACCUACGACUUCAAUACGAACUACAAUAUUGGAAUAAAACUCAAUCAAUACAAAAAUUCUUGUGUGCUCGAUCUGGCUGUAGUGCUCCAGUGUGCAAUAUGAGCAAUGUGUUUCCAAUGUCUCCUGAAGGACCUCAGAGUACUUAUUGUAACUCUUGGGGGAUAAUUCAUGAAAUGAUAACUGUAACUGAACUGGAAGAUGAUUUAGACGUGAUAUCAAUAGGAAGUCCGUCUACUGAAUGCUGCUGGUUCCCCGGAUAUAAAUGGACAAUAAUUUUGUGCCCAAAUUGUCAAAACCAUUUGGGCUGGAGUUAUUUGGCUGAUGAAAAUUUGACACUAACGCCAAAAGUAUUCUAUGGAUUAUCUGUACGCGCCAUAACAUCUAUUAAAGACAAGUUAGUGCCAGACAGAGAAAGACUUGAGGAAAUCAAUGAUGUAACAUUUUAAGAAAUAUUUAAAAUUUUCUCUAUUCUCAUUACAAUUAUUUAUUAAGUACAAAGUAUGUAAAUGAGCCAUAAAUAUAUAUCAUGUUUUCUGCUA